AUGACAGAACAAACAGAACAUAAACGACAACGUGUUAGCAAGGCAUGCGAACAAUGUAGACGAAAGAAAGUGAAAUGUGAUGGCUCAUCGCCCUAUUGCAACAAUUGCAGCACACUGGGAUUGCAAUGUCACUAUAAAGAAUCCACUAAAAAAAGAGGACCUCCAAAAGGCUACAUUGAGGCGAUUGAAGGCAGAUUGCAUAGACUAGAGGCAUUGCUAGGUAGCAUUGUGCAAGAAGAUGAUCCUCGCUCGCAGGCCAUCAUUGCAGAACUGAAUGCCCCUUUAGAAACUGCUUAUGGCGAGUUGGUCAGACCUCGCCCCAUGCGAAGAGAGACGCUAUCCGGCUACGAAGCUGAAUGUGGGCCAUUGACAUCAACAGAGCCUAUGGUAAAGCAUGAGGACGAUCACUCUACACAGCGCCACCAGCAGCAACUAUCAAUCAAAGAUGGCAACGACUCUGAUGAAUCAAACAACAUUGGCAACCUGUCUAUCGAUGAAAGCGGUCAGCUUCGUUAUUACGGCAAAUCCUCUGGUUUUUACAUGCUGAAAAGCAGCAAGAACUUUCAGAACAGAGCCUUUCAGUUCAACUCGAGAGAGUACAAGCAACUUGGACAUGAUGCGCCUUCUCCUACACUGCCCUUUGUUGUCGACCCCUUUGAACUACCACCCAAAGAUCUGUCUGACCAUUUGCUAGAACUGUAUUUCAGCUAUUUCUACCCACUAUUACCCAUCUUGCACAAGAAAUCAUUCAUGGAAUCAAUGAACGAUGACAGCAAACCCUCGCCUCCACACAUUCUACUGAACGCUAUAUACGCCGUUGCUUCUCGUGUAUCACCUGAUGAGCGAGUGCGAUCUAUUGCUUCCAAACCUGAAACAGCGGGCGAUGUCUUUUUUGAGAGAGCUCGUAUGCUGCUUGACUUGGAGUGGGAUAGCUUCAGAGUGUACACCGUGCAGUCGCUCUUACUGAUGAGCAGCCAUCAGAACGGCGCGUUGAAAACGACUCGUGGAUGGCUCUACAGUGGCAUGGCUAUCCGCAUGUCUCAGAAUCUAGGUCUUCAUAGAAACUGUGACAGUUGGGAUCUGACAGACACCGAGAAAGAAGACAGAAAGCGUGCAUUCUAUUGCUGCUUUGUACUAGAUAGAUUAUCGUGCGCCAUGCACGGCAGAUCGCCCAUGAUUGACGAAAGAGACUACGACACACCCUACCCAUCCGAAAACGACCAAGACGACAUGGAUCGCACGCCCAGAAUCAUGGAAAACUUUCACUAUCUUAUCAAGAUUUGCGAGAUAUUAGGCGAUGUAAUUCGAGAGCUUUACAUGGUCAAGGGCAGAAAGCAGCUAUCGGUCAUGUCUACGCCAGACAGCAUCGUCUCGUCACUGGAUAAAAAGCUCAACAAGUGGAUGUCCAAGCUGCCGCCUAGUUUGCAGUAUCGACCACCCAAUACAAGACUGAAUGAGCGUGCACCCGCCCCAUCACUUGAAUUGUGCCAAUUACACAUGCUGUUCUACACAACACUUAUUCUGAUGCAUAGACCUUUCAUUCCCGGCCCAGCUCAGACUGUAGCGCCUUCUGUUUUCCCAUCUGCUUCCAUCUGCACCUUUGCAGCCAACAAGAUUUUGGACAUUACGGAAUCCCUGAUGGCUGAGGGCCGCUUGAAGAAUGUCAACAACUACACGCUCUUUUUCAUGUUUACUGCUGGUAUUAUCUUUAUCUACAAUGCCGCCUCGUCUGACUCAAUGUUUGCAUUUGAGGCCAAGAUCAGCAUCAACAAGAUCAUGCGGGCCAUGGACGAAGUGGAAAAGACUUGGAUUACAUCUGCCCGCCACUGCAACAUUCUGGGGGCUCUCGCUGGCCUGAGAGACAUUGAUCUGGAAUGCGUAGAUGAAAGUUAUACGAGAUCCAUGUUGAACAAGCAACAAGCAGCAUCUGCUCCUCCAGCUUCCAUUGCGGUGCCUAAUUCUCCUGAGCCUGAGGUCCUGUCAACGCCUAAUGACUUUCAACGCAUAGAAGAAAAAUACUACAUGGGCAGUGGCAGCAUCAGCAGCAACAAAUCGCCCAGCGUUGAUCUAUCACCCGAACUACCCCAAUCAUCAAUCCAACAUUCCGGCUUACAGCAACAGCAGCAACAUCAACAGCAACAACAGCCCAUGCAACAACAACAACAGCAGCAGCAGCAGUUUGAUGAUGGCUCGUUUGAUCCAAAUAGCACGGCGUUCUGGGGAGUACCCAUGUCCUUUGAUAUCGAUGAGUGGAACAGUUACUUUAGUAAUCAAAAGGGACAAAAUUCCAUUCCUGGUGCUAAUCCAGCAGACGCUGCGCCCAUAUUCUCAUCGCCUCCACUUCAACAGCAAUCACAACAACAAAAUGAUUUUAUGCCAGUGCCAUUAACGCAAGACCGACCACCACAAACUCAAAGGCAGUACAGCAAUAGCAAUCCCUCAUCAAAUAGUAGCAAUAACAUCCAAAUGCCUAUUUGGACUGACUAG